AUGGAAAGCAGAUUUGCCUACAACCUACAUCACAAAGUGAGCACAAACAGCUCUGGAAACUUUGCUUGUUUGUAUCAGCACAUAGAUGGCCAGAUGAAGAAUUCGUUUCUCAGUGCAGCCUGGUACCUGAAUGUCACAGCUAACAUCUUGCAGGCUAAUAACAGUAGCCCUGGAAUGCAACCAUCUUGCGAAGAAAUGGUCCUUUGGUUAAUAUUGGGAUCUACAAUUCCUUCUGGCCUGUUUGUAAUUUUGGUGUGUUUCCUAUUGAUGAAAAAAGGUCUAUCUAAAUGCAGACAUACAAGAAUACAAGAUAUCAGUCACAAAAGCAGGAGCACUGAAGAUAAGCCAGACAGUGCAUCUCCCACUGGAUAUUUCCAGGAAAAGGCACCACAAGGUAACAAAGAUAUUGAUGGAUCAUAUGAAAGUUUGAAUGCCAUCACCAUGGAGGACACACCUUACUCCACACUUCCUGUGAUAGACGCCCCUGCCUCAACAACCUCUGAGUGCCAACCCAAUGUGCCAUUCUAUGAAGAGGCAGGAGACUUUGCAACUCAAAUGUCUCGGUGCAGCUCUUCAGACAGUGAUGGCUAUGAAGGAGAGCCAGUGAGGAGCUGAGACCAGAGGAUCAAACAACCGUGGACCAGCCUUCUCAGCGGCCCUGGAAGGAGCAUCAUAUUCAGCAAUAAAACUUAGGCAACCUCCAUGCUCUGUGUUCUCAGUCAAUGUCUCACAUGGAUGGAAGGAAGCACCAGCUGUAUGGAGUUAGGGGCAGGUGCUAAGAGCUUAAAAAGAUGAACCCUGCACACAAAAAGCCUCCUGCAGUAUACAACAAUGCCCUUUUAUUGCUCCUAGAACACCCAAGAGCGAUGCUACAUAUUCUUGCAUGUCAUGUAUUGGUGCGUUAUCUAUCUAUGGAAUCUAUGGCUGGAAUUUUUCCAAUGAAACAUUUUUUCCAUUGGAAAAUGCAAUUCCAUGAAAUUUGAAAUGCCUCAAAGAAACUUGUUAAUUUUGACAAAAUUUCAGGUAGAAAAAAAACUGGAAAGGGGUGUUGCUGUAAGGUGAA